AUGCAACUUCUCAUGGAACAACCACCGAACACUAUUGAGGGUUUUGCAGGUAAUUAUUUUUCUCAACGAUCACAUAUUAUAUUAGCUGCUUUUAAUGCCUACAAGAAUGGUGAAUCUAUGGUGGGAAAGUAUCAGUUGUCUUCUUGUGAUUCAACUAAAGUCUCGCCAGAUUUCAAGAAGUCCAUGGAUACAUUGUAUCCAAAUCUUAUCAAAGCCUUUACCAAAAUAGGAGCUUUGGGUCAAGAGGAGAAUAAUAGUUCGCGAAAAGCUAAAUCCAAGUCUAGGAAAUCCAAGCGCACAGCUGUCAUUCCCAAAAGUGAACUUAGGAGAAGUGCAAGAUUGAAGUUGAAGAAAGAUUGA